AUGGAAGAGGAGUACGAGGAAGGCUACGAGACCAACGACACGGACGCAUUUUCCAAUGUUGCGCAAGGGCUGAGUGGUGAGAACAAAGCAGCGCUCGUGGGGUACUGGCAGCAAGCCAUCGACAACAUCGAGAGGAUUGGCGAGGAAGGAUCGGCUGUUUCUGCAUUCAAGGCGACGGCCCUGCCAUUGGCGCGGAUCAAGAAGGUGAUGAAGACCGACAGCGAGGUGUGCAUGAUUUCCGCUGAGGCGCCUAUUCUGUUUGCCAAGGGCUGUGACAUUUUCAUCACCGAGCUGACGAUGCGGGCCUGGAUCCACGCCGAAGAGUCGAAACGCCGCACGCUCCAGCGCAGCGACAUUGCCAACGCGCUGCAAAAGUCAGACAUGUUUGAUUUCCUCAUUGACAUUGUGCCCCGCGAGGAGGCGCACACCCGCAGAUACACUUCGGCGCCCGGUGCGGGCGCGGCCACGACGAGCGCGGCUCCUUCGGCCGACUUGGCGAUGGUCGACGCACACCCGGAGAUCUCGCAAGCCAAUGCGCCCGUCGCGGUGCCGGAGGCCGACCCGGCUCAGGCGCCUGCGCCCCCCAGCGCAGACGCAGCGGCUCGCGAGGGAGAAAAUGAAAUCAUGACCUCAGACAAACCAAACGAAGGCAAGCCCGAGAAUUUCGAAGAGGAAUUCCAGUAUUCCUACCCCGACGGCAAUCCGGUGUACUCGACCGUCGACGUGGGGUUCCGCGAGUUCUGA